CCCGUUUUUUUCCAGUGGUUUUCAUGUAAUGGAAAAUGGCUGAAAUGUAUUCGCUAUCUCAGGAUAAAGAGAAUAUUCUCUAUCAUUUGAUGUAACGGUGUAACCUAUAUCCCAUCCGUAGGGGGUGAUCCGUAUGCUAUUGCAUCCAUUCAAUAAUCCGUGACUAACGUUAUGUUUUUCUUUUCUAUCUUGCACAUGUAUGUAUCCCCAUGAAGAUCCAUGCGUUCAGUUGACUUUCAGCCGAUUAUAAAGGUUAUUAUUGGCGAGCGCCAAAAUAAAUGACAGGUGUAUAUUCUGGCGCCCUACUACAGAUAUCGAGGCCAUUAGCACAAAACGGCUUGUGGAUACUACCGAGCCACUGUAUUUGUUAAAACAGAGCGGGUUAAUGCAUGCAGGGCAUUGAGCUGCUGCUGCGGUUCCUUGCCUGGUCAGCAGCCCGACUUCUCGAUGGAGCUGAGCUUGGAGAAUCCAUUCUGAUCGAGGCUGAGCGCGACGGAGUGAUGUGAUGCUCCACCUCCAUAGCAUACAUGGGCUACUGCGGCCCCAAGCUCUGAUGCUGAGUGUGAGCGAGAGAUAGACAUAGACACACUCACACACACAGGACACUGACAGAGGACUGAGGCAGAAAACUGGACUUCCAUCAACACCUCUGAAGAAGACUAAGAAAAUAAGAGCCUUGCUUAGAGUUGAGAGGGAGGGAAGGCGGCAGUAGCGCGUGCAGACGGCAGAGAGGAAAGGACGAAAGGAAGAGGGGAAUAGACGAGAAAAGCUGGCUGCACAGCAGGUUGCCCCCUCUCUGACAGCAGAGAAGUCCAUGACCCUGAACUAAUACAGCGAUGGACAGGAAAACUGCCAAUGGCUACCCUAAGGCCGGAGGAGAGAGUGGAGGUGGGGGUCAGAAGAAGCAGCUGCCCUACUCCGUAGAGACCCCCUACGGCUUCCACCUGGACCUCGACUUCCUCAAAUAUGUGGACGACAUCGAGAAAGGCAACACCAUCAAGCGGGUCCACAUCCAGCGCAAGGCCAGGGGUCCUCCUAAGUUCAGCACCCUGCCCAGGAACUUCAGCCUGCCUGGGCAUGGGGCACGUUCGGCCCCCAAGGACACCUGGUCUUCCACCUCUACUCUGGGACCCAAGCCCCGGGGCAGAGUCACAGAGGUCCAGCAGUUCUUGGAUUUUAGAGCCAGUGAUGGAGGCAGUGGUAUGGCGGGGGGGCAGAGCCAGAGCAGCAGAGCGCAGGGGAGUGGCUUAUCCCCGGCCAGGCCCAGGGAGGAGGCAGGGGCUGGUGUGUCAGCCGAGAAGCCCCUGGGGAGGCCCAACCUCCUCCGGACUUCCAGCAUGCCCAUUACCAUCCCUCACAGGAAGGCCUCUGAGUCCGGGGACGAGAGAACCGAGAACGGCUCAUCUGAGAACGUAUUCCGCGCUGUGCCCCAGGACAGGUCGGGGCUGCACCAGCAGAUCACCGCGGCCCUGAAGAGGGUCAGAGAGCUGGAGGAUAUGGUGAGGACCAUCCCAGAGCUCAAGUCCCAGAUCUGCUCACUGAGGGAGGAGAGAGAGCAUCUGAUCCUCAGGCUGCAGGCCCAAACCAAGCCCCAGGCUCCACCCCCCCCACAACGUGCCUCGCCCUCUCCGGCUCAGAUCAUUGAUCCUCAGCCGCCGGGGUCUGGAGCAGUAGUUGAUACCAGGAGAGCGGAAAGCACUGCGUCAGAGACAGAAACACAACAGGAAUCCUUAAGAAGUACUGCACAAGAAGCAGAAGCAGAUAGGCUUUUUGCAGCACAGGCAUUAGAUGGACCAGACCGACAAAGAGAGGCAUUGGUGAAUCCAUUAGAGAAAACAGCAGAGCUAUCAGAGGACGUUACAGUACAGAAAGCACCAGAAGCUUCAGAGAGAGGAGUGAUUGUGCAAGUCAUAGAGGGAGUCAGUGGUGAGGGGGAUCUCCUCAGCAUCGAACAGCUCCAGGCUAAGCUAGUAACACUAGAGGCUAAGUUAAGUCAGGCCAGUGAAGAGCUGGAGGAAACCAACAGUCUCCUCAGACAACAGGUAGAGGACAACAGGAUGAAGCAGGAGAGGAUACUUCAGCUAAGCGAGGGAGGGAGAGAGGGAAAGGAGGAGGUGUGUGGGGAGAGACAUACAAGUAGGAGGACCAGUGUGGACCAGCAGACAGAGACCGAGAGAGUGGUCAUUAUAAACCAGGGGACAGAGUCAGAGAGGGCUGAUGUGGUGGAGCAGGAGACUGAUACAGAGAGGAUAGUGAUAUGUUUAAUCAGAGAGAGAGCUAACAGUGUGGACCAGGGGACAGAGACGGAGAGAGUGGAAGCGGUGAACCAGGUGGGCGAGACAGAGAUGAUUAUUGCAUGCCCAGUCAGACCAAGGGGCAACAGUGUGGAUCAGGGGACAGAGACAGAGAGAGUGAACACUGUAAACCAGGUGACAGAGACAGAGAGAUUGGACACUGUAAACCAGGUGACAGAGACAGAGAAAGUGGACACUGUAAACCAGGUGGCAGAGACAGAGAAAGUGGACACUGUAAACCAGGUGGCAGAGACAGAGAGAGUGGACACUGUAAACCAGGUGACAGAGACAGAGAAAGUGGACACUGUAAACCAGGUGACAGAGACAGAGAAAGUGGACACUGUAAACCAGGUGACAGAGACAGAGAAAGUGGACACUGUAAACCAGGUGGCAGAGACAGAGAGAGUGGACACUGUAAACCAGGUGGCAGAGACAGAGAGAGUGAACACUGUAAACCAGGUGGCAGAGACACCGCCUGGUGACAGAUUAGACCAGGGGACUGAGACACAGACAGUAGUCAGUGUGGACCAGAUGACAGACACAGCACCUGUACGUCCAGUGAGACCAGCAAGACACAGGGCUAACAGUGUGGACCAAUGUAGAGAGACACAAAUACAGGCAGGAGUCAGUGUAGACCAUGGGAAAGAGACAGUGGAUACUAUGAACCAGCUGACAGAGACACAGACAGCACCUGUACGUCCAGUGAGACCAGCAAGACACAGGGCUAAUAGCAUGGACCAGGGGACAGAGACAGAGAGAGUGAGUACAGUGGACCAGGUGACAGAGACAGAGGCAGCACAGAGUGCAGACCAGCAAACAGAGACAGAGAGAGACAGAGGUGAGACUAGCAAUACCCCACAUAGAGCUAUAGAGAUAGAAAGUGCAGCUAUAGUAAGUGCAGCCAUAGAAAGUGCGGUCACAGAAAUUUCUGGAGCAGAAAGUGCUGUCAAAAAUGGGGAUAUCACUGAGAGUGCAGUAACUGAAGAAGGUUUUGUGAUUAUAGAAUGUGUGGACACAGAAAGUAUGGUCACAGAGAAUGUGGUCACAGAAAAUGUUAACACAGAAAUAAUGGUAACAAAGAGACAAGAAGUGGUAGUAGAGAAUGCAGUUGAACAAAUUACAAUGACUGAAAGUGUGCUUAAACAGAGUAUGACCACAGAGGGUAUGGUCAUUGACAGUGUGGUCACAGAAGAGAGUGUGGUCACAGAAGACAAUGCGGUCACAGAAGAGAGUGUGAUCACAGAAGACAAUGCGGUCACAGAAGAGAGUGUGGUCCCAGAAGAGAGUGUGGUCACAGAAGACAAUGCAGUCACAGAAGAGACUGUGGUCACAGAAGACAAUGCAGUCACAGAAGAGAGUGUGGUCACAGAAGAGAGUGUGGUCACAGAAGACAAUGCAGUCACAGAAGAGAGUGUGGUCACAGAAGACAAUGCAGUCACAGAAGAGAGUGUGGUCAUAGAAGAGAGUGUGGUCACAGAAGUCUCUUUCCCCUGUCUCUGUCCUCUGGUCCACACUGUUAGUGUGGUGAAAGAAACUCCCGUAGUCCCAGAGAGCCCAGUAGCAGCACCCACCCCCUCUUCCAGCCAGACCCAGCCUCAACCAGGUCAGAAGGAGUCUGUGCAGCCCCAGGCCCAGCCUCAGACCCAAGACCCUCGUCGGGGCUCCAACCCAGCAUUAGGCCAGGUAGUAACACGCCUCACAGGGCUGAUUAACGAGCAGUGGGCCCAGCUGGGUAGCAGCCAAGAGAAGCCGGACAAGCAGGAGACCUCCAGCCCCAGCACCCAGAAGCUUGCAGCCGGGCAGGGGAAGCCUUCAACGGGCAAAUCAGCAGGGAAGUCAGGGCCGUCUAAGAUGAGCUCCAUCCAGAGCCAGCUGGUCAGCUCCCUCAGUGCCCUGUCUGCAUUCUACUCCCCUGGACAGAAGGCUGCUGCCAACAAACAACAAGGUCUGAAAUCCAUCAUGAAGAAGAACGGUGCUGCUGACAAGCAGGGGAACAGAGGAGGAGCCAAGAAGAACCUCAAAUUUGUGGGAGUCAACGGAGGGUAUGAGACCACCUCCAGUGAGGAGGAGUCGAGCGGGGAGGAGAAGGAGGAGGCCGAGGAGGUGGACAGCUCUGAGCCUGAGGAGAUGCAGGAGGAUCAGGAGAAGGAGGAGGACCAGGAGGAGGGAGCUGGAGAAUCCCAGGGCCAGGGAGAGGACACUACCACAGGAGAGAUGGCCCAGGGAGCAGGCCCUCAGGCUGGGGAGACAGAGGGCCAGGGAGACCCUCAAGACCCAGAGUCCAGCCAGGCACUCCUGGAGGAGCAGGCAGAAGCAGGGGAGACGAUAGAUAAGGACUUCAUGGACGCGUGUCACUACAUUAAGGAUCGUAUGGCAGAGGUGGCAACCCCUGAUAAAGAAAUGAGACACAUCCUGACCGUGUUGUACCAGGAGUGGUUCCGUGUGUCCAGUCAGAAGGACUCGCUGGCCGACACUGUCACCCUCUACCUGAGAGAGGUGGGCAUCGCCACGCCAACACUCCUGCGUUACAUCGUAAACCUGGCCGAUGGUAACGGCAACACAGCACUCCACUACAGCGUGUCCCACUCCAACUUCCCUGUGGUCAAACUGCUGCUGGACACUGGUCUGUGUGAGGUGGACACCCAGAACAAAGCAGGCUACACAGCGGUGAUGCUGGCCUCUCUGACAGCUGCUGAUGGAUCAGACGACAUGGAGGUGGCUCUACAGCUACUGAGAGAGGGAGAUGUCAAUGCCCGAGCCAGCCAGGCUGGGCAGACGGCCCUCAUGCUGGCCGUCAGCCAUGGUCGCACAGCCAUGGUGCGGUUGCUGCUGAGCUGCCAGGCUGACCUCAACAUUCAGGACAAAGACGGUUCGACUGCACUCAUAUGUGCAUGUGAACACAGUCACGUGGAGAUCGCUCGGAUACUACUCGAGUCUGACCACUGUGACACCAGCCUCACAGACAAGGAUGGUCAGAGUGCUCUUUCGGUUGCGGUAGCGGCCUCCCACAGUGAGCUAGUUGACCUUCUGAAGACCCAUUCUGACUCCACCACCCAGGCCUCUAACCUCUCCUCCACCACCACCUCAGCCACCAUUAUCACCACCACCACCGCCUCUCUCCUCUGAGUCCUCUCCAGAAGCCCCUCUCGAACCCCCACCCCAACACAGAACUCUCCCACCCUAGACCCACCAUAGCCCAGACCCCAUUCGUCAGACUCAACGCUACCCUAGACCCACCGUAGCCCGGACUCCAUUCGCCAGACCCAACCCUACCCUAGACCCACUGUAGCCCAGACCCAACCCUACCCUAGACCCACCGUAGCCCGGACCCCAUUCGCCAGACCCAACCAUACCCUAGACCCACCGUAGCCCAGACCCAACCCUACCCUAGACCCACCGUAGCCCGGACCCCAUUCGCCAGACCCAGCCCUACCCUAGACCCACCGUAGCCCAGACCCAACCCUACCCUAGACCCACCGUAGCCCGGACCCCAUUCGCCAGACCCAACCCUACCCUAGACCCACCAUAGCCCGGACCCCAUUCGCCAGACCCAACCCUACCCUAGACCCACCAUAGCCCGGAUCCCAUUCGCCAGGCCCAACCCUACCCUAGACCCACCAUAGCCCGGACCCCAUUCGCCAGACCCAACCCUACCCUAGACCCACCAUAGCCCGGAUCCCAUUCGCCAGGCCCAACCCUACCCUAGACCCACCAUAGCCCGGACCCCAUUCGCCAGACCCAACCGUACCCAAAACCCACCAUAGCCCGGAUCCCAUUCGCCAGACCCAACCCUUCCCUAGACCCACCAUAGCCCGGAUCCCAUUCGCCAGACCCAACCCUUCCCUAGACCCCCGUGGAGGACAGACAAAGGCUGUAUUCACCACCACUCAGCUCACAGGACUACUGGACCUGUGCUGCAAGGAACCAGAAUAACACACAUUAUUCACAUUUCUGCCAAUAUUCCGUGGGCGGGACUCUGGAGUUAUGUAUCAACCGUUUGGCAGCCAGCCAAUCAGAGAGAGACCUGUGUGUGUCAAUCAAAGAAUCUGUAGCCAUGGCGACAGUGGGGAUCGACAGGUGAUCCAUGAAGAGUGCAGAAAGACAACAGAAGGAUGAUGGAUUGAUGCUUUCCAAAAAAGAAUGCUCUUCAGGCAAAAAUCUUCUUAAGCACAUGAUCUACCUUCAAAAUCUGUCAUAUUAUUAUCAAUAAUAUGGUUUUUCUUCCUUUUUAUUCCAAUGAUGACAUUACUAUUAUUUUAUAUUUGGACAUAAGCCAUUUAUUAAACCAUAAAGUCAAUGUUAUAAUAGUGUUUUAUCAGACACACAAAGUUUAUUUAUUUUGCGUUGCACUUUGUUUCACUCUGUUUGAUUGAUAUUCACACUGUACAUAACAUAUCCAUGCUUGGUUUGUUUUCAUCAGUAUGACUUAACGAUUGACUCACUGGGAGGUCUUCCAAUAUGAAGGGUGUAUAGUAGGAUGCAGCAUGCAGCAAUAUAAUAACAAAAGGCAGAAUCUUCCGAAGCUACUAAACUGCAGUAUGAUGUAGUAACUCUCCACUUACUACUCUUCUCAACUAUCUACAACUCUUUUUCUCUUUCUCGCUCUCAUGCACUAGCCUGGUCUCAGAGCAUUUCAUAUGUUUCUGUACUUACAGUAAAUCCUAGACAUUCCAUUUAGUAUGAUAUGUUACGUUUUGUAUGGUAUGUAUUCAAAUGUGGUUAUCCUUCACCCAUUUUGUAUGAUAUAUUACGGAUUACAAUUCAUAUUAUAUGUUACGAAUUUUCAUAACAAACAAUAUUUAAUGAAUUGCUAAACGUAUGAUAUGUAACGAAUUCUAGCUGGUGGCUAUAGUUAGCUAGCGCACUAAAGUUAGCUAGCCUAGUGGUUAGGGUUAAUUAUUAUUAUUUUAUUAUGUACUUUUACCCCUUUUUUUCCCCAAUUGGUGGUUACAGUCUUGUCUCAUCUCUGAAACUCCCCUAUGGACUCGGGA